AUGGCGAAAGGGGCCCUAGAACUCUUUUUUGCCAUGCCCCAUCUAAGGUGCCAAUCCUCUGCAACUUCUCUGAACGCUUUACUUUCGGUCUUGUGUGACACUGAUUCAUUCCAUUUGGUCCCUGAGCUUCUCAUAAAGACCUUGGAUAUGAACAUAAGGCUCGAUGCUCCAAGUUUCAGAAUACUUAUCGGUUCUCUCUGUCGAAUUGGAAAGUUGGGUUUUGCAAUUGAGCUCUUACACCUCAAGCCUGACCAGGGAUCAAAGGGUGGUAGGUUGAACGAAGCUCGAGCUAUUUUGAAUCGAAUGAAAUCAGAGGGGGCAAAGCCAGACACCAUUACUCACACUAGUCUGAUGGAUGGGUUCUAUAACAUUGGGGAAUUUAAGCAAGCAGGCGAGGUCUUCGAUGAGAUGUUAGCAAUGGGGUUAGUCCCUGAUGUGUUCACUUACAGUGUAUAUAUCAAUGGGCUUUGUAGAGAGAGAAAACUGAAGGAAGGCAUGGAGGUACUCUGUGUCAUGAGAGAAAUGGGGUGUAGGCCUAAUGUGAUUACUUACAAUACACUAAUCAGGACUUUUUGCAGUGAUGGUAAGCUUAGAAGAGCUGAUGAAUUGGUUGCAGAGAUGGCUUCCAAUGGGCUUUGUGGAAAUUCAGUCACUUAUAGGACCUUGAUUAAUACUUAUCUGAGAGAAUGUAUGGUGGUUGAGGCCAAUGAAUUACUGCUUCAGAUGGUGGGUAAAGGGUUCUUUCCUAACUUUUCAACUCGGGAGACUCUCUUAUCUUCUACUCUUUUUAAAUGGGAUAUUUUACAGGCCUUGAAUACAUUGGAGGAAUUGAUAUCUCGUUUGUCACGCUAG